AUGUCGACAAUGUCAGCACUCCAGCUAUCGCGCCAGCUCACUCUGCGCAACAUGCGCAACCCACAAUCCUCUCUCCUCGCCCGCUCGCUCCUGGCUUCACGCCCCGCCAGCACCAGCUCCAAACCAGUACCCAAAGGACGACUACUCGAGAAACCUACACGCUUCAACCCACCAUCUCAUCCCGCUCGCCUACCCCGCCGCAACAGACAACCCGCCUUCCAAGUGCCCUUGAGCGCCAAAGAAAAGGAACAACAGAGGAAGAAGCAAUACCCACACAUGAUGCCCCCCGAAGGAACCUUUUUCCACUGGUUCCUCACCAACCGCACCAUUCACGUGUGGAUCACCAUGGAGGAGGGUGUGUUUGGAGGUUGGACUGCUAGAGAUGGCGGUGUGGAGAAGAAGGGAGAAGAAGCAGAGGGUUUGGGGGCUUUGGGGGAUGAGAUGCCGGUGGGUAGGGAGGUGCAGAAGGAAGGAGAGGGUUUGGAAGCUGCGGCGGUUGAUAAGGAGGGUGCUGAGCAGACGUAUACGGACUUUGAAGGCAAGAGGAGGCCGAUCAAGAAGUGGUUGGGUAUUUGGUAG